CUGUUUGGCUCUUCAUCUUGGCUUCCUUGACGCUUGUUUUCUGGGCCAUUUUGCGGUGACGAGAUUUGUGUACUUGUCUAUCAGUCAGACAUACUCUUAUUUUUUUCUUCUCCCGCCUCGUAAUCGCCGAGCAGACGAACAGAGAGAGACGAACCACACCGUCAGAAUCUCACCGACAUUGUCGCAAACGGGGGAAAAUAAACAAACACUCACCCACCCACCAAACAACACCAAACCGCCGCAAUGACGCAGCGCAACUAUGUCAUCGCCAUCAUCAUCAUCGUGCUCUUCAUCGUUCUAGCCGCCAUUUCCUUUGGAAUCUACAAGCUGGUGCACGGCGCGCGUCGCGAGCUCACCAUCACGACAGAGUCGAGUAGCAGCAACUCGCACAGCCUGGCAGACUAACACUAAGCCAAGAAUCCUCUCGAAUACAAUGAAUGGGUAGGCGUAUUCUCGGAGGAUUCUUGUGCUCAUGACUGCCCUGCUUUUUUUUUUUUUUCUACCCUUUUAUUUUUUGGGAUACGUGGCGCAGCGGAUUUCUUUUUUGGAUGACCUGCAUGAAUUUGUUGUCUUGGGUAUGAGCAAUGGUAUUUUAUGAAUCUUUUUGAGCAUCUCUGCAUUGGUUUUUUUGAACACCUUUGGGGAUGGGAGGGGGGGUCAGUGUUAUGGAAUAAUUGACCCCGGGGCUCGUUUUUUUGGAUAUGUUUUUGUACAUGGAUUUGAUGGGAUGACAUGAAAUGGAAUGUGUGUAAUGAAGAUACGAGGGUGGGAUAAUGCGAGGGAUGAGGGCUUGUCUAUAUCGCAGCAUGUCGUGAGAUGAAUUUUGUUUAGAAAGAUGAAAAUUAUAUGCAAUUGGAUAAACUUGUCGCG